AUGAGCUCCCAAACAAAGAGCCUCCGCCGCCGGAUCAGAUUCAUAAGAACGACCCCGCGGACUGCGGCUUCCCCUGCACCGGGAGCGUGUGGACGAGCGAACGGCAGUUCUCAGGCCAAGGCUAAGGCUAAGGCUAAGGCCAAGACUGAGACCGAGACCGAGACUGGGACUAUCGCUGCCACUGCCGCAUUGGCCACCGAGACCCCAGCCGUGCCAGAGCCCGACCGGGCCGACGACAACGAGGCUGCCCGCACCGGGCACCCACAAGGCGCCAUGAUCCCCGACCUCUUCGCCGGCCUGCCGCCGGUCGCCGACGACCUGCGCACCAGCACGUCGACGACGCAGGAGCAGACGGCGCAGAUGUGCAUGCUGUACCUCUCGGCCGCGAGCAACGCCGACCUGGACCACAACGGGCACGGCGUGCCGCGCCUGGACCGCGACCGCCACGUGCGCUUCCUGCACAAGACGGUCGGCCGCCUGCCCGCGCCCUUCGUGGCCGCCGACGCCAGCCGCCCCUGGUUCCUGUACUGGUCCCUCAACGCCCUGGCCCUGCUGGGCGAGGACGUGUCCGGGGCCUACGCCGACCGCGUGGCCGCCACGGCGCGCUCCAUGCAGAACCCGGGCGGCGGCUUCGGCGGCGGCCACGACCAGACCUCCCACCUGGCCACCACGUACGCCACCGUCCUCGCCCUCGCCCUCGUCGGUAUCCCCGAUGCCCUGGCCGUAAUUGACAGGAGGGCCAUGUGGAAGUGGCUGUGCUCUCUCAAGCAGGCCGACGGCGGCUUCCGCAUGUCCGUCGGCGGAGAGGAGGAUGUCAGGGGCGCGUACUGUGCUGCCGUGGUCAUCACGCUGUUGAACUUGCCGCUCGACCUGUCGCAAGAUUCCGAAGCCUAUGCGCGCGACCCUGGCGCGAACCUGUUCACCAACCUAGGAGACUACGUUCGACGAUGCCAAACUUUUGAAGGCGGCAUAUCGGGCCAGCCGGAUGCAGAGGCGCACGGGGCGUAUGCGUUCUGUGCACUGGGUUGCCUGUCCCUCCUUGGUUCUCCAGACGAGAUGAUCUCGAAAUACCUCAAUGUUCCACGACUCAUAUCGUGGCUCUCCUCGCGCCAGUAUGCCCCAGAGGGCGGAUUCUCUGGUCGCACCAAUAAGCUCGUGGAUGGGUGUUACAGCCACUGGGUGGGAGGCUGCUGGCCGCUGAUCGAGGCCUGCCUCAAGGGGCCCAUCGACGCCUCCACCGCCGCCUCUGCCACGCCCGAAUCCAUGUUCAGCCGGGAGGGCCUCAUACGCUAUAUACUCUGUUGCUGCCAGGACCUGAAGCGCGGCGGCUUGCGUGACAAGCCUGGAAAGUCGCCUGACGCGUACCACUCAUGUUACGUCCUGGCGGGCCUGAGCUCUGCAGAAAACAGAUGGCAGCUGAUAUCGCCCGAUCCGACGUCGGCGGUGGGCGGCGGCGGCGGCGGCGGCGGCGGCGAUGGCGAUGGCGACGUGGCACUGGAGGCGGCGGCGCCCCGCUGGGUGGUCUCGCCCUACCAGGAUGAGGUGCAGGUGUUCGACGAGGGCGACCGCGUCGCGCCCGUCCACCCGCUCUACGUUAUCCCGGAGGACAAGGUCGCCUCGGCGCAGGCCUACUUCGCGGCUCUGGUUGGGUUCUAG